AUGACUAUCUUCAGCACAAUGUUCUUAAUGGGACCCUUCCGUCAGCUCAAGAAGAUGUUUAACGAGACGCGAGUGUUGGCCACUAUCGGGGUCUUUGUGUUCAUGAUUUUAACCCUUUUAUCUGCUCUUUGGUGGAAGAGAGCUCUUUUAGCCGUCAUCUUCUGUAUCCUUCAGUUUCUGGCAUUCAUUUGGUACUCCUUGUCAUACAUCCCUUACGCCAGAGAUAUGGUGCGCAAAACCAUCACCUCUUGUGUUUGAAUAUAAUUCAUAUUCAAAGCAAUCGUUUAUUUGAAUACUUUUGUGCCUUAAAUAUGACACAAAACACUAUAAUAAACACUAUUAUAAUAAAUAUAGAUUU